CUAGCACCAUGGCGUCCGGCUGCAGGAUUGGCCUUUCCAUCCUCAACAGCGAACUGGCCAGUUUAGGGGCAGAGUGCCUUCGGAUGCUGGACUCUGGAGCCGAUUAUCUGCACCUGGAUGUAAUGGACGGGCAUUUUGUUCCCAACGUCACCUUUGGUCACCCUGUGGUAGAAAGCCUCCGAAAGCAGCUAGGCCAGGACCCUUUCUUUGACAUGCACAUGAUGGUGUCCAGGCCGGAACAGUGGGUAAAACCAAUGGCUGUAGCAGAAGCCAAUCAAUAUACUUUUCAUCUCGAGGCUACUGAGAACCCGGGGGCUUUGAUCAAAGACAUUCGGGAGAAUGGAAUGAAGGUUGGCCUUGCUAUCAAACCAGGAACUACAGUUGAGUAUUUGGCACCAUGGGCUAAUCAGAUAGAUAUGGCCUUGGUUAUGACAGUGGAAUUUGGAUUUGAAGGGCAGAAAUUCAUGGAAGGUAUGAUGCCAAAGGUUCACUGGUUGAAGACCCAGUUCCCGUCUUUGGACAUUGAGGUUGAUGGUGGAGUAGGUCCUGACACCAUCCAUAAAUGCGCAGAGGCAGAAGCUAACAUGAUUGUAUCUGGCAGUGCCAUUAUGAGGAGUGAAGACCCCAGAUCUGUGAUCAACCUGUUAAGAAAUGUUUGCUCAGAAGCUGCUCAGAAACGUUCUCUCGAUCGAUGAAACCACAAGGAGUCCAGUGUUUCUGCUUAUGAGAUCUCCUUUUUAUUGGAAAACAAGAAUAUUGACUACCAAAUCGUACCACAGUUGAGGCAGUGCUGCUUUUCCUAGCAAUUGUUCAUUCCAGUGACUAAAAUCCACUUUGCAGAAUGUUCCAAGAGGUUAGAAAUUGUUGUGUAUUACGUUUUCAGUGAUGGAAUUUAAAGAUUAGUGUGGUAAAAUACCAUUUUUACUGGGAGACUUGAUUUUUAUAAAGAGUAAAAAUAUGGCUGUAUCAAGGUUAUGAACAGAAAUUUGUCUUAAUGCCUAAGGAAGGCAUAUUAGCUACUAUGAAAAAAAUUUUUUUUCUGUAUUUCUAAAAAGAGUUUUCUUUGCUUCUUGGCUUUUCUGAAAGCAAAGGAAGUCCUGUUUUUCCUGUUUCGUGUCAUUUUUGAUUUGUGUAUUUGCGUGAUAACUAAGUUUGGAUCUGGCGGGGAUGGAUGGCUCUUCUAGCUUCGAAAACAUCUAUUUUUUACUUUGCACCUUGUAUUUGAUACAUAAAAAACCCAGUGUAUUAUGAAGUCCAGGGAUUUUCAGGUGGUCUGUUGUAAAACGCAAGCACAAGUUU